AUGAAGUCUUCAACUCGGAUUGACUCGGCCCUUUUUCAACUCACUCCAACUAGAACCAGGUGUGAUUUGAUUAUAUGUGUAAAUGGGAAGACAGAAAAAAUAGCUUCAGGAUUGGUACAACCAUUCCUUGACCACUUGAAAACUGCUCAAGAUCAAGUGGCCAAAGGGGGUUACUCAAUUACUCUUGAGCCUGGACGCGAUGCAACGUGGUUCACGAAAGGAACAAUUGAUAGGUUUGUUCGCUUUGUGAGUACACCAGAGGUCUUGGAACGAGUUUACAAUUUAGAAUCUGAGAUCUUGCAGAUCGAGAAGGGAAUUGCAAUUCAAAGCAACAAUGAUAUAGGGUUGAGCUCGGUGGAAGAUAAUCAAGCAAAAUCUGUAGAGUGCAUCGAAGGUGGCAGGCCUCUGACAGAUUCUAGUGAGGAAAAAGCCAUCGUCCUUUACAAGCCUGGCUCACAUCAACCUGAAGCAAAUGGUUCGACUGUGAAGGAAGGAAAUUCCAAGGUUCAGCUUAUGAAAGCUCUGGAGACACGUAAAACUUCGCUGCAGAAAGAGCAGGGCAUGGCCUUUGCACGUGCUGUAGCUGCUGGUUUUGACAUUGAUCACAUGGCUCAAGUAAUGUCAUUUGCUGAAAGUUUUGGUGCCUUACGCUUGAUGGAUGCUUGUGUAAGAUUUAUGGAAUUAUGGAAAAGAAAGCAUGAAACUGGCCAGUGGGUUGAAAUUGAAGCAGCUGAAGCAAUGUCUAGCAGGUCAGAUUUUUCUGCUAUGAAUGCGUCAGGCAUUGUUCUUUCUAAUACAAUCAACAAGCAGUGGUCGGAAACUCCUGAUAGUAACAGGAAAGCAGGUGUUGGGCCAAAUGCAGAAAUGCUUCCUUUGUAUAAGAAUGAAGAUGAGAGGCCUCCAAUGGAUCAACAACCAUCACCAGGCCAACAGGAAUAUUUUCAAGGCCAGUUUCCACAUCCUAUGUUCCCUCCUUGGCCCAUUCAUUCUCCACCUGGAGCAGUGCCUGUCUUUCCAGGGUAUCCCAUGCAAGGCAUUCCUUACUACCAGAAUUAUCCAGGAAAUAGCCCAGUUUUUCAGCCACAAUAUCCAUCAGGGGAGGAUCCUAGACUGAAUGCUGGUCAAAGAAUGAGGCAAAGAAGGCAUUCAAUGGAUAGCAAUACCGAACCUGAAGCUUGGGAAGUGGAUGAGGCAGAAUUGGAGAAGGAAACUUUGGGAGGUCGAGAACCAGAGAAGAAGGGAAGUCGUUCAGGUAAAAAACAAUCAGGCAUGGUUGUUAUUCGGAACAUCAACUACAUCACUUCAAAGAGGAAGGAGUCAUCUGGUAGUGAAUCUCAAUCAGCUUCUGGUUCUGAAAAUGACGAGGAAGAUGAAAUUUUAUCAGACACAACUAUGAAUGCAAAUCAUACGAACUCUCUAAGAUCUUCAAAAAGGAAGGGAAGCCAUACAAAAUCUAUGGAUAAACUGAAUUCAUCAGAUAUGUCUGGAACAUCUUAUGGGAAGGUGGAUGAUGGUGGACACUGGAAAGCAUUUCAAAAUUAUUUGCUAAAAGAUGCUGAUGAAGCUGAACGUGCUGGUGACCAAGGUAUGUUUGCAAUGGAAAAGAAUGUUCGAGCAAAAAGGCGACAAAAUACAAUGGGUGAUGAUCCUUUAGUUUUUGAUGGACGAGAUCCAGGUGAUAAUCAAGAAAGAGAUGUGACAGAUAUGCAGAAAAUUAGUGGAAACUUGACCCACGUGACUAAGACAUCAAAAGAGGAAUUGUUGCUAUCCAGAAAUAUGGGUCAGCCUAAUGAUGGUAGAAGGUUUGCAAACGGUCAAAUGGAUCCACAGUCUGCAGAAAUAGAUGGUAGGAGAGGUCAAUAUAGGAUGAGUGCAAAUGAUGAUUUUAUAAUUCAUGGACGAGAAAACAAAUCAGGUUAUAGAAGUUCAUUAUCAGAUCCACUAGCCGAUAAUGGGUUUGAGACUGCAAAAAUUGAUCUGGACAGGAGGGCAUCCAACAAUAUGGAUGAUGAUUCAUAUAUAGUUUCGCUGAGGUCAAUGUCACUAGAUCAAGUUGGAACUGAGGGUAGAAACACUAUAGAUGCAGACUCUGAGUUCCAAUCAACAGUUCAGAGGACAGAGAACUUAUCUAACAGGAGCCAAGUCAAAUAUGAACCAGAUGAUUUAAGUAUGAUGCCUGAACGUGGGACAGAAAAGGGGUCAAUUAGUUAUGAUCCUGCCUUAGAUUAUGACAUGCAGGCUUCGCUGCAUAAGAAAAAUAAGGAGGUAGUAGCUGGGCAAGGAUCUAAGAAGUCAGACAAGGACCAGAAGUCAAAAGUCAUUACAGAUACUUCAGCUAGGAAGAAGACAAUAGGACCAAUAAGGAAAGGGAAGCCUUCGAAGUUGAGUCCUUUGGAUGAAGCAAAAGCACGUGCCGAGAGGCUAAGAACAUUUAAAGCUGAUCUUCAGAAAAUGAAGAAAGAGAAGGAAGAAGAAGCGACUAAACGACUGGAAGCUUUGAAGUUAGAGAGACAAAAGAGAAUUGCUGCUAGAGGCAGUUCCACUGCUGCUCAUUCAGCAUCACAGCAAACCAGAAAACAAUUGCCAACAAAACUUUCCCCAAGCUCUCAUAGAGGAUCAAAAUUCAGUGAUUCAGAGCCUGGAUCCUCAUCACCUCUACAAAGGUUCUCCAUGAAAACCGUUUCUGCAGGAUCGGGUAAUUCUCAGAAAGUCUCUAGGUCCAGCAAAUUGAGCACUGCAACUAGCACUGCUGGAAAUAGGUUAACUCGGUCGGUAUCAUCAUUGUCUGAACCAAAGAAAGAGAAUAGUGGUGUUACACCUGAUUCAAAGGCAUCCAUAGCCAGGAUUAGAAGAUUGUCGGAGCCAAAAAUACGUAGCAGCGAUCAUACUUCUUCAAUUAAACCACGAAACACUGGAGCAGUAUCAAAGCCGAAAUUAUCUAGUGGUGCUGAGAGCAAGAAAAUAUCUGCACUCAUGAACCAUGAUAAAAGCAAGGCGGCAUCUCUUCCAGAACUGAAAACUAGAAUCACUAAAGGGCAUAAUAUUGUUGCUGGCAAUUCUGCAGCAAAAGAAAUUCCACAGAAGAUGAACGAAAGUAAGUCUAUUUCAACUUCUGAAAGCACUGAACUGAAACAGAAUGGCAACAAAAUUUCACAUCAUAGUGAUGGGGAUGACAACCCAAUAAUUGAGAAAACUGUUGUGCUCGAGUGUGAGAAGCCCUCCAUUCCCUCUGUACACACAUCAGAACAGAAUAUAGAAGUACAAGAUGGACACCCUAACAACUAUAAAGUAGGGGAGAAAACAGAGGCUUUGGUGGAUUAUGCUGCUAUUCGAGCACCAGUUUCACCAAUUACCAUGGAUGAGAUUGAUAAAAAACACACUGAGCACCAAUUACCAAAGCACCCUGGGGUUCAUGAGGCUGCAUCUGAACAUGCAAGUUGUGCAGAGAAAGAAUUACCAAAGCUUUCAAGAACUCAUAAUGCUGAGAAGCCCUACCACGCCCCUUAUGCCCGGGUCUCUUCUAUGGAAGAUCCGUGUACUGAAAAUUCUGAAUAUGGCAAAGCACCUCCAACAAGCUUACAGACACAUUCAACAGGCACAGAGGCCAUUAAAGCUCAUGCAUCUGAUUUAAGAAGCUCGAAACUGGAACAGAUCCCUGAAGCAUUGGAGAAGCCUCUGACAAAGGAAUCAUCGAAAGGGUUUAGACGAUUGCUGAAGUUUGGAAGAAAGAGUCAUGCAAGCGAACGUAAUGUAGAAUCAGAUAAUGUCAGUUUGAAUGGUUCCGAGGCAGAUGAUAAUGCUGCUUCUUCCAGUGAAGUUCAUACAUUGAAGAAUCUAAUCUCUCGAGAUGAAACCCCUGCUGCAGGUCCCAAUCAAAAGAGUAAGUUCUCUCCUAUGUCUGCAUCAAACUCAUCACAGUUAACACUCUUGUUCAUAGAUUUAGUUGUCACUAAGAUUGAAAAACUUGGCUGCAGCUUCUCGCCAUUUCUCAUUGUUAUCACCCUUCCGAAGCAAGUCAGGUGA